UUUGAAAAAAGUCAUAAGUGACAACUCUUGUCGACUUCUAACAUGUUUUCUAGUUCGCAACAAAGCGGAUUCAUAUCUAUAUUCUAUAGUGUAGGAAGUAAUCCUUUAGCUUUGUGGGACAAGCAGGUAAAAAAUGGUCACAUAAGAAGAGUAAUCGAUGACGAAGUAAAGUCUUUGGUAUUGGAUAUUGGUGGAACCAAUGUUGCAACCACUUAUAUAACUUGUCCAAUCAAGCCUCGAGCUGCAUUGGGUAUAAAACUGCCAUAUUUAGUAAUGGUCAUCAAAAAUAUGAAAAAGUAUUUUUCAUUUGAAAUCCAGAUUUUAGAUGACAAAGAUAUGCGACGAAGAUUUCGAGUGUCUAAUUUCCAAUCUACAACUAAAGUGAGACCUUUUUGCACAACCAUGCCAAUUGGAUUAAGCGCAGGAUGGAACCAAGUUCAAUUUAAUCUUGCGGAUUUUACAAAAAGAGCUUACGGUUCGGUAUAUUUAGAAACUGUAAGGGUUCAAAUUCAUGCCAAUGUAAGAAUACGACGAAUUUACUUCACUGACCAACUUCACAGUGAUGAUGAACUGCCUAACGAGUUCAAAUUGUUCGCGCCUGGUCCUCGCGAACAAACAAAAGGCAAAACCAAAGACAAGAAAUCUUCGAAGGAAACUAUGGAAACAGCGCCCCCGGAGACUCUUGUUCCGCUUAUGAAGCUAGAGCAACAGCCUGAGGAAGAAACACCGCCUCCGCCAAGCCCUGCCGAAGAAUCUCCGAUUGCUAAAGACAAAGAGGUUGAAGCUGAAACUGCUCCUCCAAUCGAAGAAGUGGUGCCGCCAGAAGAAGGCGAAGCCGCGGCUCCAGAAGAUCAGCCUACAGACCAGGAAACACUACAAAUCUCCGAAGGAGGAGAAGCCCCUGCUGAAACUGGGGAAGAUGGAGCUCCACCAUUACCCGAGGUUGAAGUACCUUCAGUCGGUCCCUCCCCAGAAGAAGGUUUGGAAUCAGUUGUGGAAGUUGGGGCGACAGGUACAGAUAUUGAAUUGACAUCUGAAGCUGAUGGAGUCGAGCCAGAAGACGGCACUAAGCCAAUUGUUGAAGAAGGAACAACUGAAGAAGGAGUCGAAGCGGAAGCUGUACCAGCAGAAACAACCGAAAGUGAAGCUCCUGUGGAAUCUAGUGUUGAACCCGCGGAUGUUGUGGAAACAACUGAAGCUACAGUGGAGGGUACCACUGAGGUCAGUGACACAGAGGCCACUCAAAGUGAAGCCCCAACUACAGAUCAAGAAGGUGAAGCAGAUUAAUGUGCACUUUAAUUUCGCAUUAUUAACAUUGUAUGAAAACCUUAUAUACUAAUAUAUCUACUUUUACUUAAA